AUGCAGGAACAAGAUGAAGCCGAUGGAAAGAGCAGAGAGGCCUUUUUAAUCCGUACCUACCUACCUAGUAGUAUUAUCGAGAAAAAAAAUAGCAAGGAAAAUAAGAAAUCUCACGCGCCUGCCAUUACCUGCACAAGGCACGAUAGCCCGGUCCGUAGCAGCAACCACGCGCACUCGCUCCUGCCACCCUAUCCUAUCCUAUCCUAUCCUAUCGAUACCCAACUCAGCCUCGCCCUCCAGGCCAAUCCUUGUCCUUGCCCUCCCUCGUCCAUCUCGUCCAUCUUCCCCCCUCCGCCUCACCAACUUUUGCUUGUGCCUCCCUCUUUUGCUUUUGCAGCAACGACGCCGUCUGCAGCUAUGAGCGGCAGCGACGUGGAUGCCGCCAACACCCAUAAAGAGGCCUCAGCUCCCCCCAGUUCCAGCGGCUCUGGCGUCAGCAUCAAGAAGCGCAAGAAGGACGGCCUCAAGCCCAUCAUCACCAUGGAGGGGCCACCAUCGCAGCGGCCUGCAGACGCAGAUGCGGCAUCGGGAGCAGGCAAGCCGUCUAAGUCGCAGGACGUGGACAUGCACGAGUAA